ACAAUAGUGAGUGGUGCACACUUCCUUCGCCCGGCCACAGAAGACAAAAAAGAGUUGCUGGUGUAACAAUAGGAAGAAUAUAUUCCACUCCUCUCUUGUACACGCGGCUUAUGAGAUGAACGCUCGUCAAGAAGAACGUCCCCUUCAGCAGCAGGAGGAUCCACAGCCCCCCCACAUUAAAGAGGAAGAGGAGGAAGUGUGGAUGAGUCAGGAGGGAGAGUGUCCUGUAGGGCAGGAGGAGGCUGAUGUCAGCAAGUUUCCACUGACUGUUGUCUCUGUGAAGACUGAAGAGCAUGAAGACAAACCACCUGAGUCCUCACAGCUUCAUCACAGUCCAAACGUCUGUGAAGAACAUCUUCUCUCUGAGCAACAGAAGUGGAGCUUCAGGAUGGGCAAGGAGGAGCCACAGCCCUUCCACAUUAAGGAGGAAGAGAAGGCGCCACAUAUAUUGCAAAUGCAAAGGGAAGAAAAUAACCCACUGACCCCGCAUUUUAAAGAGGAAGAGGAGGAACACAGCAUCAGUAACCAAUGGUUGGAGAAGUUCCAUUUGAUUGUGAAGAGUGAAGAUGAUGAGGUGAAAGGUGAAAGUGAGGAGAGGGGAGGGGGGGAGCCUCCAAGCAGCAGCUCAACACAACACAUGACAACAGAAGCUGAUGGAGACCACUGUGGAGGAUCACAAGCAGACAAGUUCUUAGCUCCACUAUCAGAUAGUGAGGACACAACGUCACACUCUCCUGACACUGAUGAUGAAGACUCUAAAGAUGAUAAGACAUGUCACACUGACAACACUCACUUCGCAUGUUCUCACCGUCACAAAACUUUUAAGUACCAUUGUCGUCUGGAGAGGUAUAAGAAGAUUGGCGAGUUGGAGAGGAAAGUGGAAGAUCUGGAGCAGUAUUCUAGACUGAAUGAUGUGAUCGUGACGGGGCUAAAAGUGAAACCCCGCUCAUAUGCACAAGCUGUGGGGAGCGAGAGUGCAUCUGGGGACCCGGAGGCUGGCUCGGUGGAGGAGCAGGUUGUGGCCUUUCUGGCUUCCAGAGACAUUCAUCUGGACAAGAACUCAAUGGAAGCGUGUCAUCCUCUGCCUGCGAAGAGGGACGUCAUGCCUGCUGUCAUCCUGAGGUUCGUCAACAGGAAAAGAAAGACUGAACUCAUGAAACAAGGGAGAAAGCUAAAAGGCACCAAC